UUCCAGGGAGGGACCAUCUGAGAAGGAGGAGGAGGAGGUCCUGGGCAGGGCCAGGCUAUAUAUCAGCUGUGUGCCAAGCCAGGCUGUCUGUCUCUGCUUUCACCCAAGAGGUUUACACAUUUUUGGUGUAAUAACUGCCUAGGAAAGAUGUCUGACGGAUUUUCGCUGUCUGAUGCCCUGUCAGGGUCCAACAAUCCCAACCCAAACACGCAACCUUCCCCUUGGGGAAAUCAGCCAGGUGGAUAUCCAGGGGGAUUUCCUGGGGCCUAUCCAGGAGCACCAGGCAUGUUUCCCGGAGCACCAGGUGCUUACCCAGGUGCACCAGGAGGAUAUCCAGGAGCACCAGGCGCAUACCCUGGAGCCCCAUCAGCACCAGGCGCAUAUCCUGGGGGCCCCCCAGCACCAGGUGGAUAUCCUAAUGCACCAGGAGUUGUCCCACCCGGUGCAUCAGGGAUGUAUCCUGCCCCCGGACAGCCACCAAGUGGUGGUGGAGCACAGCCGACGGCCCCACAGACUGGACCGGGAUUUGGAGCUUCUACUCCAUCUGGAGGUUCUUCUGCUCCAUUGAACGUUCCUUGUGAUGUACCCCUUCAGUCAGGACUCGUGCCUCGCUUGUUAAUAACCAUUGUCGGAACGGUGAACUCAAGACCAAACAAGUUUCAGGUGGAUUUGAAGAAAGGAAACGACAUUGCCUUCCAUUUCAACCCCCGGUUUAAUGAGGACAACCGGAAAGUUAUUGUGUGCAACACCAUGCUGCACAACUCUUGGGGGAAGGAAGAGCGGACAGCCCCCAGGUUUCCUUUUGAGGCUGGCAAACCCUUCAAGAUCCAGAUCUUGUGUGAAGCAGAUCAUUUGAAGGUUGCUGUCAAUGAUGCGCACUUGUUGCAGUACAACCACCGCAUCAAAGAGCUGAACCAGAUCACCAAGCUGUGCAUUGGUGGAGACGUUACUCUCACCAGCGUCACACCUACCAUGAUCUAAGCCAACCAUUAACCCACGGCAACGGAGCAUUCUUGGGCUGGAAUCCUGUUGGUGAGCUCCAAUUAGAGUAGACCCAUUGAACCCAACUGCUGAAUGUGAGUCAACACAUAAGUAAAGAGCAAUUGAUUCAGUGGCUCUACUCUAGUUAAGAGUAACCAACAGUGUCUUAAAAUAGGAGCUUUUUUAAAAAAACAACAACACAUGUAUAAAAGAGAUCUGAUGGAGUUAACUUUCUAGGGCAGAUGAAUAAUAAAAUGUAGGAGCUGCUCAA